AGGUCACGUGGUAAUAUGUCGUGACCGUGAGAUUUGCAUUAUGCAAGCAGGUCGGAUUAGGUGAUCGAGAUGCUCCAUCCGACCGAAACAAUUACAGUCUGUUGCGUGAUAUCGUACGGCAUGCUCUCAUGAUACUCCCCUUCUCUUUUGUCUUGCAUGACAGGCGAGACAAAGGGAGUGAAACACUGGUAUCACUCCAUCAAGUUCUACCGCAGAAUUGUAACCUUGCUUAAGUAGACUGAAGUACGAUAUGAACGGUCAAGAUCCUCUUCUGCUCUCAAUCCACGAUGAACUACCAGAUUCACCAUCCAUGUCAUAUCAACGUCCUCCCAGUUGAGAUACUAUCAUACAUAUUCACGCUGGCUACCCAUGACGCCGCAUCCACUAACAAUGACUACAAACGAAGAUAUGAGGUCCCCUUCAGUCCCGAAAGUGUCACAAUGCCAACUGUACUUGCGGCUGUACACCGCCACUGGAGAAAUAUUGCACUAUCCACCUCUACGCUAUGGUCAAGCCUCGUAAUGAGUCUUGGGCAGGUUGUUCGUGUCAAAGUUGGACCAGAUGCGGAUGACGAACGAGCAUAUACUACUUUCCUUGAUGUGCAGCGCUUGGCCGCUCAUAUCGCGCGGUCACGAAACUCUUCGGUGGACAUUCUUAUUGACACUCGAGAUCCAGAAUGGGAUUUUGAAGAUGAUGGGGAAGAAUGUUCAACUCACAAUGCGACGUGCAUCCCAUAUGCCACCUUCAUCCCUCAAAUCCUCGAUAUUUUGUUCCCGCAGAUGUACAGGUGGCGUUCGCUGACAAUCCUCAGCGAUACGUGGGCACCUCUUCGUGUCGCUCUUGAGCGUCUCAGUUUGCCCACUCUGACAAAGGGCUCAGGUGCUCCGCGCCUUGAAUCUUUAAUGCUCAUGCGAUGCAACGAGUUCUUAGGUCACUUGGACACCUUCUCUCCUCACACCCAACAUAUGUUCGACGGGAUACCAUUCGCCGCUUUGACGGGCGCGCCCCGCCAUGAUCUCUCUGCACAAUCUCACCCCCUUCCGAAGCUCCGAAACCUAACUCUUGUCGCCCUUAAUAAAGGCUGUAUUCAGUCGUUGGAGCUUUCGCAGCAUUGCCGUGAAGUUCGGCCGACAUUUGAUGAGUUUACAGGAAUCCUCAAGGCUUGUCCUCUCCUGCGAAAACUCACGAUCAGGGUCUCUGGGCCGAGGUUUGAUGCAGGAGUUCAACGCAGCGAUCGCCCGGUCUCGCUUCCCCUGCUUGAAGAGAUUCACCUGGGGUAUACCAAUGUCGAAGAUGCUGCCAUGCUUCUCAGCCACAUCCAUGCCCCUAACCUCAUCAUCCUGUCCAUCGAGGAUGCCAAUCACAUCGCCAGUCCUGAUGAUGAAGACUCUGGCCCUCUCCUGAUUUAUCUCGCAACCGGUUUCCUUGAUUUAUGUGGCGUCUCCACGGAUGGCUCGAGUCAUGGACCGUACAGCUACUACUCAGCCAUGUCCAAAGAUUCCGUUGCCAGGACGAUCAAGACGCCAUUUCCACACCUGGAGCGACUGUCGCUCCACAGUGUCAUUGCAUGCGUGAUUCCGUUCAGUCUCCUGGUCGCUGCCAUUCCAAAACUCCGUCACCUGUCACUAUGUCGCACGCCAAAUGCGUUCGCAGCUCUGUUGCCCAUUCAGACUCCUUUUGCGGACGCCUGUACCCGCAUCAUACCUUGCCGUGCCCUUGAGUCCAUCGAAAUAUCUUGUGCUGAAGAACGGACAAAACACAUUCUUGAUUUUGUGUUGAGGGAACGCGAGCAGAGUGGUGCACCACGUGUGUGUAACAUCGACAUUCACCUUGAGGUGUGCUCCGCGGACGCCAAUGAGAUCGGAGGGUACCAAGCUGUAGAAGACGUCGUGGUUGGGAACCACAUUACAUAUGGGGAGAGUGUGUCAGACGAGGAAGAUCUGUUUGCGCCUGGUGGUGUCUUCAAUGAUCCCGAUUUUGACGAAGCAUAUCAUUUCUUAUCGUAGGUGUUACUUCUGUACACCGUACAGCCCUUAGAUCUAUAUUACUUGUGGGGCGUGUAACGCAUCGUAAACAACGCAUAAUGUGAUUAACCUUACCAUGUGUGAGCAUUAACAAUCCAUUCACACUAUUUUAUCCUCUGAUGCUAGAUUUGAU